CCAAAGCCGGCGUUGCAUUUUCAUGCGAUUGCUCAAAAUAGAGUAAACAUAAACAAAUCGUCAAUUAAAAGUCGAGCGCAUAGCGAAAACAACAGACUGAAAUCACCGAUAAGAGACUCCCCCUUGCGACCGUUCAAAAUGCAGUGGGCAGGGUUCAUUCUGCUGUCUGUGGCAGUGAUUUCCACAUCGGGGACUUCUAGGCAUCCGGCUUCCUCGGAUACAGCGUUCCUCACGCCGGGCACCUACAUAAAUGUGACGGAGAACGUCUACGGAUCGAAGACCCUGCGCACGUACUGCUAUCCGGGCAAGCGGCUCUCGAUGGUGAGUCUGUUCGAGACGAUGGAGUUCAUCCUGGCCAUCGGGAGCGAUGAUUAUGCCCAGUACGGCGGCACGACGCCGGAGGAGGUGCUGCAGCACUACGAGGAGCAGCAAUCGCUGUUCAGCAUCACCCUGUUCGCCCAGAAGCGCCAGCGCCUGCAGCUCUCACCCUUCGAGCAGCAGUGCAUCGGCAUUUCCACCCGCCAGCCGUACACCGUCAUCCUGAACACCAUACCGCUGGAUUUGUGGCGUCUCGCACUCUUCUCCGUUGGCAUGCUGACCUUCUGGAGCGCCCGGCGCCUGGCCAAGAACAGUGUGUUCUACUAUCUGGCCGGCAUUGUCAUUGGCAUCUGCGCCUCCCUGCUGGUGGUCAUCUAUCUGGCCGCCAAACUCUUUCCGCGCCGUCCCCUGAUGUAUGGCGUGCUGAUAGGCGGCUGGACCAUUGGAUUCUAUGUGCUCAAGCAGCUGGCGGACAAUCUGCGGCUGAUCCUGCUCACCUACCGCGACCAAUUGGUGUGGUAUCUGGUGGUCACCGGACUGAUCUCAUUCCUGGUUUGCUAUCGCAUUGGGCCGCCCAAGAAUCCUCGCUCGCAAAACAUCAUCAUGUGGGUGCUGCAGGCCAUGGGCGCUGUCCUGGUUUACUUCAGCAGCUGGCACACCAGCGCCCUGGUCUUCAUCAUGGUGCUGGUCUUUGUGGCCCACUAUUUUCCCAUGUCGUGGGCGCGCCAGGCCAAGAUCAUGUACCGCCGGCGCUUUCCGCCAAAGAGGCGACUGCUCACCCAGGAGGAGUACCAACUGCAGACGGCCAUCGAGACCUCGAAAUCGCUGACGGACCUGCGCAAGUUCGUCAACAGUCCGGAGUGCAAGCAGUGGGCGGUGAUGAGCAACCUGCGCAAUCCCAUGCGCUUCGCCUCGUUCGCCAAUGGGGCACCGCAUCUGGACGACGAGGAGAUCGAGGAUUACUCGCGCACCAUCGAGGAGUCCAUGGAGGCGGCAUCCGAGGAGGAUGCCGAAGAGUUCCUGCAGUGCAGCAUGUACUAUCGCCCGUCGGCCGGUCGCUUGGUCAAUCGCUCGCGUCACCGCGUCAACAUACCGCUGCCCAGCUCGCAGUUCCGUCAUCGCCUGGCCGCCCGCGAGUCGGAGCCCGCUGAUAGCGAGGAGGAGUACUUGGAGCAGGAGGCGGGCCAUCGGCAGGAGGUGCAGUAGCUGCCGAGCAGCUAAACCAAAAAGAGAAUAACUCAUUAGGCUAAGU